CAUGUAUCUAAAAGUAACCACCAGUAUCUAUCAAGAGACCUCCAUGUGAGGAAGGCCCUCAGGAUAUCCUUACCUCGAAAGAAAUCACUUAAACAUACAAGGGCUUUCACAGCAACCGCCCCAGCCCAUUACCACUCUCCAUCUACCGACAACACUGAUACUACGACUUGUUAG